AUGGUGGGUCCCGAAGAUGCUGGAGCCUGUUCGGGAAGAAAUCCCAAGUUGCUCCCUGUGCCAGCGCCGGAGCCCGUGGGCCCGGACGGGAAGAUGAUUCGGGCCACAGGCGGUUUUGGCGGAGGCGUCUGCGCUGUGGGGCCACCGGAGGAGGAGGAGGAGGAAGAGGAGGAGGAGACGCCGCCUCGUCAGCUCCUUCAGCGAUACCUCGCGGCGGCCGGGGGGCAGCUGGAGCCGGGUCUCUGUUACUGUCCGGUCUCUGCCGGCCAGGCCCACGCCCCAUCGCCCUCUGCAGCCCCGCGCUCGGACGCUUGUCCGCUGGGCUCAGGCUCCAAGCACCGCAGCGCGGAGGUGGCAGCGGAUGGCCGCGCGCCGCGGCAUGGAGGCAUGACCAACGGGGACUCGGGCUUCCUGCCGGACCGAGACUGUCGCAACCUGGAGGAGGCUCGUGGGUUGCCCCGCGCCAGCGGCCGAGAGCUGCGCGGCCGCCGCCCUUGCGUUCGCCUUCGCCUGGAAAGGCCUGGUGACGAGGGCGCGGACAGCGCGGGCAGCUCGCUCGACUGGGCCGCGCCGCUGGAGGACCCACUGCGGAGCUGCUGCCUGGCGGCUGCGGAUAAAGAAUCGGAGAGCGUAGGCAGCGACUCGGGGGGCAGUUCCGUGAGCGGCGGCAGCAGCGAAGACUUGGAGCCCCCCAGAGCUGGCGCCGGGGUUCCCGAGGAGGGCGCAGUCCCCGCCGCGUCGGCCGGGAGGACUAGCGGGGGCGCGGGCGCGGAGUCCCGCCUGGGCUUCUCCGACGUUCACUUGAACUCUCGGAACACAUUCGAGGUGAGCCGCCGCCACAGCGCAGGCGACCACUUGUCCCCGGCCGCCCCGCCGCAGGCCCCGCCCGCCGCGGAGCAGGUCCGCCUGGGGGCCUCGGCCCGGGCUCGACGUAGCGGCGGCUUCGCUGAGCUCUUCGCCAGAAACCUUUUUCCAAAAAGGACAAAGGAACUCAAAUCAGUUGCCCAUAGUGCUCCUGGUUGGAAAUUAUUUGGUAAAGUCCCUCCCAGAGAGAAUCUUCAGAAAACUUCCAAAAUCAUUCAGCAGGAAUAUGAAGCACGAACCGGGAGGACGUGUAAACCACCACCUCAGUCUUCAAGACGUAAAAAUGUUGAAUUUGAGCCCCUGUCUACCACUGCCCUGAUUCUUGAGGAUCGACCAUCUUUAGUUCCAUGCCCUUACGUAAAUGAUCUGCAUGAAAUUAAAGAAGCACAUAAAAGAAAAAAAAUAAUGAAAGAACGAUUUAAGCAGGAAGAAAAUAUUGCAAGUGCCAUGGUAAUCUGGAUCAAUGAAAUACUGCCCAAUUGGGAUGUAAUGCGUAGUACGAGAAGAGUUCGAGAAUUGUGGUGGCAGGGAUUGCCCCCUAGUGUUCGUGGGAAAGUUUGGAGUCUAGCUGUAGGAAAUGAACUAAAUAUCACUCCUGAACUUUAUGAAAUCUUCCUUUCAAGAGCAAAGGAACGAUGGAAAAGCUUCAGUGAAACAGGUUCUGAGAAUGAUACAGACGGUGCACCUGUUGCUGAUCGGGAGGCCAGUCUGGAAUUAAUUAAGCUGGACAUUUCCCGCACUUUUCCAUCUCUCUACAUCUUUCAGAAGGGCGGCCCAUAUCAUGAUGUCUUACAUAGUAUUUUAGGGGCAUAUACAUGUUACAGACCUGAUGUUGGCUAUGUGCAAGGGAUGUCCUUCAUUGCAGCAGUACUCAUUCUCAAUUUGGAAGAGGCAGAUGCUUUCAUUGCAUUUGCAAAUCUCCUGAAUAAGCCAUGCCAGUUGGCCUUUUUUCGUGUGGAUCACAGCAUGAUGUUGAAAUAUUUUGCGACGUUUGAAGUAUUCUUUGAAGAAAAUCUCUCCAAACUAUUUCUUCAUUUCAAGUCUUACAGUCUUACACCAGACAUAUACCUGAUAGAUUGGAUCUUCACAUUGUAUAGCAAAUCACUACCACUUGAUCUGGCCUGUCGAGUCUGGGAUGUGUUUUGUAGAGAUGGGGAGGAAUUUUUAUUUAGGACUGGAUUAGGAAUCCUCCGAUUAUAUGAAGAUGUUCUCCUGCAGAUGGACUUUAUUCACAUAGCACAGUUUCUAACUAAAUUGCCAGAAGAUAUUACAUCAGAAAAGCUAUUCGGCUGUAUUGCAGCUAUUCAGAUGCAGAAUAGCACCAAAAAAUGGACUCAGGUCUUUGCAUCUGUAAUGAAGGAUAUCAAAGAAGGAGACAAGAACAAUAGUCCUGCUCUGAAAAGCUAA